UGUUCGUUUGAUUAUCGUAAAGUGCAUUUCACAAACCACAGUGGCCUUGUUUUAGCCUUUGAAGCAUGAAGAGCGCGCUGAGGAUGUUCCUGUGGGCCUGGACUAUUCUAAAUUGUUCAGCCGCACUGCCAGAAAUUACAGCUGGGGAGUUUAUCAAGGAGUGUGUAAAGGGACAUAACGAGGCGCGGUCGUCCGUCAGUCCACCUGCAAGUGACAUGCUAUACAUGACAUGGGACGAGGGCCUGGCCAUCACUGCCAGGGCCUGGGCAAGGCGCUGUGUUUUUGAACACAACUCCUACCUUAAAGAUCCCCGCCGCAUGCACCCUACCUUCUCCUCUGUGGGAGAGAACAUUUGGGCAGGAUACCCACCAACAUCUUUCCAUGUGAUGGGGGCCAUUCAAAGCUGGGUGAAUGAAAAACAAAACUACAGCUACAUCAGCAACAACUGCACCAAUGUUUGUGGCCACUACACGCAGGUUGUGUGGGGAAGCAGCUACAAGGUUGGCUGUGCCGUCCAGCUGUGCCCAAAUGGGGUCCAAAGCACAGGCUUUGCUUCUAGAGAGGGAGUCUUUUUUGUCUGCAACUAUGCUACAGCGGGUAAUGUGAUCGGAAGGCAUCCAUAUACAUAUGGAGCAGCAAGUUGCUCUGGAUAUGAGGGCACCUGUGAAAGGAAUCUCUGCUGUAACAAGGAACGCGAUUCACAGAAAAGCUACAACUGGACUCCGGACUGGGACCCUGCCCCCACAAACCCUGUCAACUAUGCGAUUAUUCUGGUGGCCCGACCCAUUGCCCUCAUCUUCACCUUCAUUGCAGCGUAUGCAGUUGCCCACUUUUAUCCUGAGGUGUUCUGCUAUGAAUAGAACACCUGAAGGAUGGACAAUGUGUUGUACAACAAAUACAUAUUUUAUGAGUUAAUUUGUCAUAAUCAAAAGGAAUUAAAGCAAAACUAUUGUCAAGCUCAAGGCCCGCGGGCCACAUCCGGCCCGUGAAUUAAUUAUAUUUGGCCCGCAUGAUCAGAUCUAUUUACUAUUAGAGCUGGCCCGCUUAUAUAUCGCACGCAUCACCAUAAUACUACAAAUCCCACAAUGCACUCUCAGUGUGUCGUCGCGCAUUCGCGGGCCCGCGAAACGAAACGAAAACACUCGUUUCUGGUUUUUCGGUUUAGAUCAAAAGCGCUAAAACGGAAGCAUGCAGGGCGGGCCGGCUAUGGAAUGCCGUUUUAUUCUAAAUUGAAUAAAUACAUGAAAUAUGCAUUUGAAAUACAUCGUGAAAUAAAUAAAUGAGGCAAUAAAUACAUAAAUAUAAUUUCAAAUUUAUCAUUUCAUGGUACUUUUAAUUCAUAAUGGCACUUUUAUUUAUUUCAAGAGACUUUUAUUUCAUAACCGGUAACCGAUGUUGUGUUUUCGAAUUCACAUAAGAAAAAACUGAACGUUAACUCAGUCAUGCUGCCCCCCCAUACAGCCCCUGACUGACUCUCACCUGACCCUCCAUGUAAUGUUCUUAUGAACAUAAAUUUAACGCACAUUUAUAACAAAUACACAACACGCAGCUCAUGUUACCAGGAGCCACUGCGCUGUUAACAAGUCUGCCCGGAUCCGCCCCUAGUUAUAGUGAAAAGUCACUGACGACUUAAAUUUCACAGGUUGACGCUGUGACGGUUUCAUAUUCAUAUAUAGACUUCAUAUUAUGAACAGAAAUGGAUGAAAAUGAGCUCAGGCAGACCUGAAAUAUCACUGUCAGAAACAUUACAGAAUACAAAAAAACAACUUCUUUUGCUCCUUUUGUUUUGUGGUGGGAUUAUAAACCAACUUUACAUUUGUGUUUUAUGGAGCCAAGAGGAAGCAUCAAGAUGAAGGAGAACAAUGUGUGUAUUCACAUUAAGCUACCGUAGCAUGGAUAUAUUAUAGGUAAACUUGCUUGUAUCCAAUGCAAUAGAAAAAAAUUAAAAAAUCCUU